AUGUCCGAACCUUCAGUAUCAACUAUGUACAAAGAGUCCGGGAUAAAGGUUUUAAUAGUAAAGCGCAGUUCCAUAAAGGGACAAAUUACUAAAUUCAAAAAUUAUUUAGACAAGAUUACAAGGCAAUCUCAAUUGACGGGUAUCGAAGUGGCUGAGCUUUCACUGAAGGUCAGUCGCUUUGAGAGUCUGUCCGCUAAAUAUGAUGAGCUGCAAACUCAAAUUGAAUUAAUAAAUGCUGAUACUUUAGACGAAGAGCUCGAUGAACGUGAACGCAUUGAGCAAGAUAUCAUAUUAUGUACCGCGAUGGCAAAAAAUAUUAUUGAAGAACAAAAUGAAUUAAAGAAUUUAGAACAGGAUAAGAGACGCCGUGAGUCCUUAUUCCAAGAUGCUCAUUGUGGUCGCGAUCAUAAUAAUGAAAAUUCUAUAACCUUGCCGCAAAUACAAAUUGCAAAGUUUGAUGCUGAUACACCAAAGGUCAACAAUGCCUCUGGUGAUGUCUCUGAGACUUCAGCAAAUUAUUCAAACAAAAAUUCAAAUCAAGUUAUUUUGUCUACUGCCCAAGUAUACAUUUUGAAUCCAACGACUAAUGAGCCUCUUAAAGUGCGGGCCUUGUUGGACUCAGGCAGUCAGUCAUCUUUCAUUACAAAAUCUCUUCAACAAAAACUUGCAAUCAAUUCAAAUCCAAUUUCUGUUAACGUCAUUGGUAUCGGUCACUCAGACAACCAAAUCAAGGAAAGCUGUGUGAUCCAAUUAAAAUCCAUUUACAAUAAUUUUAAGACAAAAUUAAAUUGUCUUGUGCUUCAUAGGCUGACUGGGAAUCUGCCUAAGGCACCUAUAAAUAUACAACAAUUAAACAUACCAUCGCACUUGCAUUUAGCUGACCCCGACUUCAAUCAGCCAGCUCCUAUUGAUAUACUAAUAGGAGCCGAUCUCUUCUGUUUUGGUUGGUUAAUUGGUGGUCCUAUUUCUUAUCAAGCUAAACAAGUACUUUGCAAUAAUUCAGUCAUUAAUGACAACUUCCAAAACGAAAACAAAAUCGACAAUUUACUAGCAAAAUUUUGGGAGCUAGAAGAGCUUCCCCAAAAAACAAUUCUAAGCGAAACAGAAUUAGCCUGUUCAAAUGAUAGCGAGGAACUAAAUUAUAUUCAAAAUUCAGUUGCACAAGAAUUAGACAAAGGCUGUUUUAAAUUACGUAAAUACAAAAGUAAUCUAUGUUCUAUUUUUGAUAAUUGUAAUUUAAAUUUGCAAGAAAAUAUUAUGUUAAAUGAGGCUUCGAGUACUCUAGGCUUAGGUUGGAAUCCAAAUAAUGACAUGUUAAAUUUUCCAGUUAAUAUUCCUCCUUUGAGAAAUACUAUUACAAAAAGAAGCAUCAUGUCUGAUGCAUUCAAGAUUUUUGACCCACUCGGUUUGUUAAGCCCAUACAUCAUGCAGCCAAAACUUAUGUUACAAAAAUUAUGGAAGCUUAAAUCCGAUUGGGAUCAACCAGUACCGAUAGACAUUGAAAACGCUUGGAGGGAUUUUUCUAGGGACUUGUUAUUAAUUUCUAAUUUUCAAAUUCCUAGAUUCGUCCUUAGUGAGUCACCACAAAUUAUUGAUAUUCAUUGUUUUAGUGAUGCUUCUUUGGUUGGUUAUGGUGCUUGUAUCUAUGCUAGGGUUACCUCUUCAAAUAAUCACAUUGAAGUAAAGCUCCUGUGCUCAAAAUCAAAGGUAGCCCCCUUAAAGCCUGUUUCAAUUCCUCGAUUAGAACUAUGCGCCGCCUUACUUUCAAGUCGUUUAGGCAAAGCUGUUAUAAAUUCUAUUAGAUUCACUCCUAAUUCUGUCACUUAUUGGUCUGAUUCUAGUGUUGUCCUGGGAUGGCUCAGUAGUGACUCAACUAGACUAAAAACCUUUGUGGCUAAUAGAGUAGGGGAAAUUCAGGAAAAUACCAAAUUAUCUGCUUGGCGCUAUGUACCUACCGAUCAUAAUCCUGCUGAUUUAAUUUCACGAGCUACUACUUUAAUUCAGUUGCAAAAUUCAGAUUUGUGGUGGCACGGACCAACAUUCUUGACUAAAGAUCAGAAUGAGUGGCCUGCUUUAAAGUCUUGUGACAACGUUGAUUUACCUGAUGUGAAAUUCACAGCCACGAAAAAUAUCUUAUUUUACAAUAUGUCUGCUAGAAAAUAUAAAAGUGGAGCUGAAAAAAGAAAAUUACAGUUUAGUCGAGAACAAGAAAGAAAUAAAUGCGCAAAAAUUGAAACUUUUUUUAAAUCGGAACAUAUAAACGCGAAUGAAAUAGCUAUAAAUCCAUUAAAAAACGUAAAGGAAGGUAUUUUAUGCGAAGAGAAUCUAACCGAUGGCAGCAAAAAAUCGCAAAACGAGGAAAAAAAUACAAGUGAUGAAAAUAUGCAAGAUUUUGAAAACCAGAAAAAAAAUACCAACGAUGAAAAUGUGCAAUAUCUUGACUUCCAGCAACCCUCUGGUUCCUCUGAAAAUGAAAUUGGUGUUCAGCAAAAGGGAGGUAAUACCGAUACCGAGGUGGAAAGAAAUUUAGAAAAUAUUAAGUUUGAGUUUGAGAAAUAUGUUGACGUGGGCUUGUGGCCAGAUUUGCUGAAUAAUGAUUUUAUUAAUUUCGUCCUCUCACAUGAAAUGACUGACUUUCAAAAUAAAGAUCCGAAGAAUAUAUAUUCAGCUUCAAUGAAGAAAUAUAAAGAACAAAAUAGAUCUUUUUCAAAUAGGUAUUUCACUAGAAAAAUGAAAAAUGGCCAAUUACUGGAAAGAUCUUGGUUAUGUUAUUCAAAAAGAGUUGGUACUGUUUUUUGUUUGACUUGCAAACUUUUUUCUAAAACUCCUUCUCAAUACACAACCGGAUUUACUGAUUGGAAACACAUAGGAUUUUGUUUAGAAAAUCACGAAAAUUCUAAUGAACAUAAGAAUUCAAUGUUAGUGUGGUUGACACGAAAAGAAAAUAAGUCUGUUUUAGACAAGCAGCUUCAGGAGCAAUUAAAUAAAGAAACAGAAUAUUAUCACAAUGUCCUAAAACGGGUUAUUGCAGUGCUAAAAUUUCUGAGUAUAAGAGGCUUAGCACUUAGAGGUUCCGAGGAAGUAUUUGGUUCUCCACAUAAUGGUAAUUUUAUGGGUGCUCUAGAGCUAUUGGCAGAAUUCGACCCAUUCAUACGUGAACAUAUUGAACAACGAGAGCUGCGACCAAACCCUGUAAUAUCAUAUUUAUCAAAAACAGUAUAUGAGGAAAUAAUUGAGAUUAUGGGUAAACAGAUAAUUAAACAAAUUAUAACUGAAAUAAAUAACGACGACACAAAGUAUUAUUCAAUUAUGAUGGAUUCAACCCCAGAUCUGUCUGACGAUGACCAACUUGCUAUUGUAUUACGAUACUGUUUUCGGGGAAAAGUUUUCGGCGAAAAUGACGAUGAAAAAGUUGAUUUCCGAAAAGAGGCACGAAAUUUAUUUAAUAAACUGGCGAAACUAGAAACUGCAAUUUUGAUUGUUUUUUGGGAAGAAAUUUUGGAGAGAUUUAAUGUAGUUAAUAAAAAAGUACAGAGCCCUGGUUUAGACAUUGGUGAAGGCAAUAAGUUAAUUGUGUCAUUAAAAGAGUUCGUGAAAAACAUAAGGCAACAAUCAGAUCAGAAGCUAAAGGAAUACGAAGAGAAAGCUAAAAAAUUAAGUACUAGUGUGGGAACAGACUACAGUGACAUAAAUAAGAGACGCAUUACUUUGAAAUUUUCAGAUAAAUCUACAGAUAAAGUCUCAGUGAACUGCGCAGAAAAAUUUAAAAGAGACACGCUUAACGUUGCGUUGGAUAAGAUGAUUAUGGAUUUAAAUAAUAGAAGCCAAGCCUAUGAGACCUAUAGCAAAAAAUUUAAAUUUUUAAUGGAUUUGCAAGACAAAAAUCAAGAACACAUAGAUCUGGAAAGUGUACGUAAUAUUAUUGAUUAUUAUCCAAAUGACGUAGACGAACAUUUAGUGAAUGAGUGCAUUCAGUUGAAAUCUUACUUACUGCAAUCUAAGACAGAGUCUUACACCUCUUGCAGUGAAAUUUUUUGGCUAAUUUAUGAAAAGAAACUUGUUGAUGUUUUCCCAAACUGCUAUACUAUCUUAAAGAUUUUU